UGUCAGCUUUAAGUGCCUAUGGUCGCUCUUAUCUGUGGGCUGUUUCGCUCUUCUCCAAUAUGGCGUCUUGAUUGUAAGAUCGAUAAAUUAGUGUUCCAAUAAAGAAUACAGCAUUAAUUAAUUGCGUGUUAUUCCAAGUCAUCACAGUGGCGACGAGAUAGACGAACCAACAAAAAACCACAGUUUUAAUUAAUAACAAAGUGUAAGAAGUGAUAAAGUUGAAAAAGCAAAAUUGCAAAAUAGACGCAGUCGAUCUGCUUUUGUUUUUGCAUAAUGGCGGCCGCUUGACAAAAAUGCAAAAUCUUCACAACGUGUGCCACAAUAAUAUUUGUUUAAAAAGCGACGAACUUGACCUUGAAUUAGAUGACGGACGCCGAAAUCAGUGACUCUACGGACGUACGGACAACAGGAUGGAUUUACAAACUGUCAAAAAUUGAAUUGCAAGAAUACUUGAAUAAGCUUAAAAUCACAUUCGAUGAACAGCAAACCGUCGACGAAUUGCGACAAAUAUUGGUAAAAUAUUGCAAAAAGAAACAAAAUAUAAACGCGAGCCAACCCAAAAUGUCACACGCACACAUAACCCAUUUAAAUCUUCAACCAUUUGAUGGCACUAAAUGGGAAUGUUUUGAACAACAAUUAGAAUGCUAUAUUGCAUUGAAUGACGUGCCACAGGAGAAAAAAGUGCCCCUGUUGUUAACAAAAAUAACACCUCAGGUUUUCGAAAUUUUGACGUCUCUGUGUAACACAAAAAAACCUUCAAGUCUCUCUUAUGUUGAGCUUACUACAAUUUUGAAAAACAAAUACGUACCAAAAAAGUCUAUUGUUUUGGAACGUGCGACGUUCCGAAGUCGGAAUCAGCUUCCAAAUGAAAAAAUAGAGGAUUAUGUUACAGAACUACGGAAGUUAGCUAGCAAAUGUCAAUUCAAGGACUCCGAGGAUCAAUUAAAAGAAAAGUUCAUCGACGGUGUGCAUUCCAAACUCAUUAAAUUUGAAUUACUAAAAGCGGAUACAAGUCAGACAUUAGAAGAUUACAUUACUUUGGCUAGAACGGUAGAAGCGGCAUUAAAAGAAACAGGGCAGAAGGCAGAAGUGGAAGCUUAUGUUUACUAUCAGCAAACUAACAGAAACAAAUCAUUUCAAGGUAGACCAACAAGAGGGAAGCCAAGCAUGAAUAAAGCUACGAGGUGUUUCUGCUGCGGUGGUCACAAUCAUCUGCGUUCAGAGUGUACGCUGCGCCAAAAAUAUUGUUCGGAAUGUGGUCAACAAGGACACAUUUUUAAGGUCUGUCCCAAGAAGAAGAGUUUCAAAAUUAACUGUAUAGAGAAAGAGGAAACCGAGGAUAUCUCAGAAAACCAAAAAAUGGAUGAGUACCGAAUGUACUAUGUAAAUGUAAGUAAAGUGCCUCCUCAUAUGUUAAGUCUUAAUGUUGAGGGUUGUAUGGUAGAAUUUCAGCUGGAUACAGGGUCUGAGGUUACCGUUAUUCCAUUAAAACAAAAACAAAUGUUAUUACCUGAUAAGGACAUUAAAAAAUGUAAUGUUUUAUUUAAAAAUUUUGAUCAAAAGAUAUCACAACCAUUAGGAAUAAUAGAUAACUUGACAGUCACAUUGAAUAAUGUAACUAAACAAUUAAACAGUUUUGUAACUGAGAACACACCAUGUAUUAUAGGGAGAGACUGGCUACAGGAGUUAGGAUUAUGGCCGCCCCAAUUUGUAAUGUCAAAUGAAGCAAAUGUAGUAAAUAAAAAUGUUAAUAAUGUUUCAGAAGCCAGAGCUGCAAUAAAGGAAAGGUUCGCAGAAGUAUUUAGUGAAGGAUGGGGAAAUUUUAAAGGUGAAACCAUCAGCCUUAAAUUAAAAAAGGAUGCCAAACCAAAAAGCCUGCCGGUACGCCGAGUUCCAUUUGCACUUCAAGACAAGAGUAACACCACAUAGUACAACAGGAGUGACGCCUGCUUCGCUCAUGUACAAUAGAGAUCUCCGGUCCCGGUUCGCUCUGCUACGACCGCCGCCGGUUACAGAAAGAGCUCAACAUAUGUUAGAAAAGCAGAGGGAACUGGCAUCGGGGAGUAGAAACAUAGAAUUUGUGGUGGGAGAAAAGGUAAUGGUUAGGGAUUAUAGGAAAAACAGACAACCUUGGAUACAAGGAGUUAUAGUGGAGGAAUCGAUUCCUAACACGACGUAUAUCAUAGACGUGGAGGGGUGUAAAUGGAAGCGACAUGUUAAUCAAAUGUUAAAUUGUAGCCUUAGUUUAUUAGAAUAAGAUACUCGCAGGCCAUCCUAGGAUGUGCACGUAUGUGUGAUGCCAAGAGUAAACGUAGCAAUAAGAAUGUUAUGUGAAAAGUUAACUACAACUAUAUAAAAUAGGUUUUUAUAGUUAGCGAAAGAAGUUGUAAACUUAAGUACAGUCAUUUUAAGUUUAUAUUGUUUUAGGAAUAAGUCUAGCGUAAGGUAAAAUGUAACAUUCCAGAGAACUGUUUAAAACUGGUGGGGGAGAGUGUGAUAUACUCGUGUAUGUCAGCUUUAAGUGCCUAUGGUCGCUCUUAUCUGUGGGCUGUUUCGCUCUUCUCCAAUAUGGCGUCUUGAUUGUAAGAUCGAUAAAUUAGUGUUCCAAUAAAGAAUACAGCAUUAA